AUGGCGAAAACCUCCAAGACUGACCCACAAAAGGAGAAAGCUUCUUCCUCUUCUUCUUGGCUGGCCGGUGAUAAAACACCGGUGGAACCGCUCCCUCACGAGUAUGUUCCUGGCCCUUCGGUUGCCCGGAUGCGUCACGCGGUCCCCGACCUCAAAGACUGGGUUCGAAAGUUGGCUGUGAGUUCUUCCCAUGCCGAGCACUGCUGGCGUGACAUGGCAAGGGGUAGAUGGGAGGCCAAGAAUCAUGAGUCGGUCUACCAGCUGGGGGAAGAAGAAGAAGAUGAACGCGAUGACUCGGCGCUGGUGGUUCGAGCAAGGAGGCCGGUUGAGGUUGGCAAGCCUUCCAAGCCGGAGGCAAUUGUCGAGACCCGGCCUCGUGAUGGGGAGGCCUCGAAGAAAGAUUCGGGCAAAGCCCCCGAAUCGCUUGAGACCCUUGACGUAGGUGGAGUCCCCAGUGAAGAGGAUCCUUUCCGGGAUUGUUUUACCGGGUUCGAUGAUGCCGUUGAUCUCAAUAAUUCAUCCUUCUUCUUUGAAGAGGCCCAACGUCUCCUAUCUCGGGCCUUUACCAAGUCUCUAGCCGAACUGAGUCAAUUCGAAAUCGAGCUCCAAAAAGUCUCGGAGGAGAGGAACAAUCUAAAGCUUCUUUGUGGACAAAAGGAUGAAGCUAUAAAGGACCUUCGAUCGGAUUUGGCCAAGGCUCGUAAGGAAGAGGCCGAGAUAGACGAGCAGUUGCAACAAAAACUGGAAAGGAUUGAGCUACUCCAAGGGGAAGUCAAUCAGAUCAAAGCCGACUGUGAUCGACAAAAGGAAAACAUGAACCGCCUUGUUGCGGAGAAAGAGGCUUCCUUGGCCAAACUGUCAUCGUCCGAAGACCAACUUCGGAGCAUUAAAGAGAAAAGCUCAGCCCAGGCCAAAAGGAUUGAGGAGCUUGAAGUCGAGCUUGUUGAGGCCAAGGAAGAGGUCGAGAAGAUGAAAUCCAUGGCCGACAAGUCCAUAGCUGUUUAUCUAGCUGAUGCCGAGGCUGCCCACACUCAGUUGAGUGAGGCCGCCCUUCAAGGUUUUGACCUUUCCAAAGAGAUAGCUCAAGAUAAGGUGCUUGAAGCCGAUACCAGGUUGCUCGUCUCCUCUGAUGAUGAUGAUGAUGAUGAAGGCAGCCAAGGUGGGUCUGAUAACGAUGAGGGGCCUGAACGAGAAGCUGCCCCUAAGGGAGGAACCAGCCCCGGGCAUAGUUAG